CCCAUAUUCAACGGCGCUUUAUAGAAAUAUUUGAACUUCCUAUGCCCUUUGCAGAAACCCAAUGAAACUUGUUCAUCAGUGUCACCGCAAACUGUGACAACCGAAGAUCAAUUCCAUUAAAAUAAUUUACAAUGUUCUGUCUAUUGUCUCGUUAUUUAUUUCUCAACAGUGUUUUAAUUGCUCAUUUAAUAUGGAACUGUCCGGUAAUUGAAGGGAGUAAAUCGAAAAUUGAAGAUGAGUAUUCCGAUAGUCCUAACAAACAGUUCCACUGCUGCGCAAAACACCAGAAAAAAGUUGGCGUUGGACAUGGUAUCUCGGGGGAAAUUAUGACGAUUGAUGCAGGGUUAUGUCGAAAAGUCUGUCCCAGACAUAAUACCGAUGAUCCAGGCGAUCCUAGUAGACCGGCCGUUCAAAGGUGUCCACCGCAUUCUCAAUGUCACCCACGAUCAGCUCGGAUGGAGCGGAUUUCCACCCUUCAGGGGGUAAAAAUAAUUGAAACUGUUGACACAUGCGAUUGCUGGCAAGAAUCAGGCUGCACACGAGUGUCUUUCGAACAAUUAAUUCACUCUGGAACACCGUAUCAGGUAGCAAUGGAUAUAGGACGAUGUCUAGGGCUGUGCUCCAAGUCCCUGACAUGUAAACCUCUCAAAAAUAGUACGGUCAGCAUCAAGGGACCCAAUGGUGAUGAAAUUUAUCAAAUUAUCGAUAAAUGCGGCUGCGCCAAUAAUUGUCACAGAAUGGACAGGACCGAGAGUGUCCUUGAUUACAGUCAACUAGAGAUAAAGCCAGGGAUCAACACAAGCGACGUGAAACCAGUCAUCAGGCACAUAAAUGUAGGCCAGUGUGUGGGUUCUUGUCCCGGUAAUGAAACCGAGACGUGUCUACUUAGAGACAAAAAAGAACCAACCAGGUGUCUAGCGGCUCUUUAUUCAAAACAUCAUAAUUGUACACCAGCCAGAUUCAAAGUUCACGAGUACAGAACACGCAGAGGCUCUAAACGGGAAAUAAUUCAAAUAGUGGAGUGUGCCUGUAUAUCUUAAACUAUUAGAACUAUAUGAAAAAGUUCAAUUUGAAUAUGUGAAAAAACACUGGUUAUCAUAAAAAGCGGCUUCAG